AUGGAAGUGGACAACCAAUGCUCUGAUGCAGCGGAGCCUCGAAUGCUUAUCUUAUGCUUCGACGGUACUGCAGGACAGUUUGAUUCGAAUAAUACGAAUGUGGUCAAGCUAUUUGGUCUUCUUCGCAAGGAUGCGAUGGACAAACAGCGGUGCUACUAUCAGCCAGGGAUAGGAACUUACUUUGAGCCUGGGGUCGUUUCCCCACUGGUUUCCUGGUGGGCAAAAAUCAUGGACGAAGCCAUUGCGUGGUAUCUCGACGGGCAUGUCAUGGAUGGAUACAAGUUCUUGAUGGCUAAUUAUCGCACGGGGGACAAGAUAUGUUUGUUCGGAUUCUCUCGUGGUGCCUAUACGGCCCGAGCACUCGCUGGGAUGUUGGCCAAAGUUGGAUUACUCCCACGUGACAACCUGCAAUCCGUUACGUUUGCGUACAAUUACUACAAACGAGAAGAUAAGAAGGGCAUUGCAUUGGCCAAGAAAUUCAAGGAGGAGUUUUGCCAGGAAGUCGAUGUCGAAUUCGUUGGCGUGUGGGACACGGUACAGAGCACUGGAAUCCUUAUGAGCCGAAGCCUGCCAUUCACGGAUUCAAACACGUUCGCCACUACCUUCAGACACGCUCUCUCACUUGACGAGCAUCGUGCCAAGUUCAGACCCAAUCUCUAUCACCGACCCAUGAAGAACCAGAAACCCAGUUUAGCUCAAAAGGCUACAUCGGGAGUUACUCGAGUGUUUAACCUCCUGCGUGGCAAACAUCAUGUGUCCUCUGAAGGCGAUAACCCAGCGGAAAACGGGACAUCUGAACCAGGCCCAGAGCGGCCUGCGCUGCCAGAAACGGACGUCCUAGAGGUUUGGUUCGCAGGGUGUCAUAGCGAUAUCGGGGGUGGGAACGUAGAGGAUGAUGUAAAAGUCUCUUUAGCCCAAAUUACGUUACGAUGGAUGGUCGAACAAGUCAUUGCUUCCGACUGUGGUGUCCUGUUUGAAGAUGAGGGUCUCCAAGAGCUUGGUAUCCCACCUCGCCCUAUGCCCGGGAAAGCAGGAAAGAAUGGGGCGGAACCUAUUGCGUCCGCUGUCAAACAAAGUGACGUGAAAGACGUGACGUCCUCCUCUGACAGUCUUGUGGGACCAUCUCCCUCAACGAGUGUGGCUGAUCCAGAGUUCAAGGAUGCCAUCGCACCCUUGUUUGACGAAUUGCAGAUCACCAAGGCCUGGUGGCUGCUUGAAAUCAUUCCUUUGCCUUUCUCUUGGCAAGACGACAGCGGCAGAUGGCACGAGAGAUGGAGUAUCCAUUUUGGCAAGGGCCGAAUAAUCCCAUACCAACGACCCUUGUUUCAUCAUACCGUGAAGUUGCGCACGGACUACGUGCCGCUCAAAUACAAACCACGCGCUAUAUACAACGACGAAAUCUACGUUUGA